AUAACAACUCUCCGUUGCGGGGGAAUGAUUAUGUGCCUCGCAAUCAACCACUGUCUAUGUGAUGGCAUUGGCACAUCUCAAUUUCUACAUGCUUGGGCACAACACAACACUACAACUCAAGCUGAAUUGACCAUUACACCCUUCCAUUCACGACACAUGUUGAAGCCACGUCACCCCCCAAUAGUAAAUUACCAUAGUCCAGGAUACACCAGAACAGAACUAACCCCUCAAGUGAACCUCCUCAAGUUAUUACAGUCACAACCCUUAGUACCCACAUCAUUCACCUUUAAUCCCUCCAAUAUUCUCAAUCUGAAGAAACAAUGUGUACCGUCACUAAAAUGCACUACUUUUGAAGUAGUUGCGGCACACACGUGGCGCUCUUGGAUUCGAUCAAUGAACUUAUCCUUACCCUCUAAUUUAGUAGUGAAACUUCUUUUCUCUGUUAACGUCCGCACCGUAUUAAACCUACCAAAGGAAUAUUACGGAAAUGGGUUUCUAUUAGCGUGUGCGGAAAGUACUAUAGAAGACUUAAUUGAGAAUAACUUGCACCAUAGUGUGAAAUUAGUGCAAAAGGCCAAAUCAACUGUGAAUGAUGAGGAAUACAUAAGAUCAACGAUUGAUUUAUUGGAGGAUAAGAUGGUAAAAACCGACGUUUCAACCACUUUGGUUAUAUCACAGUGGUCUAAAUUAGGGCUGGAAAUGGUGGAUUUUGGAGAAGGGAAAUCAUUGCACAUGGGUCCUUUAACAAGUGAUGUUUAUUGCUUGUUUUUACCGGUUAUUGCCGGUGAUGCUAAUGAUGUGAGAGUGCUUCUGUCUGUGCCAGAUAGUAUGGUUCAAACUUUUCAAUAUCAAAUGAAUAAAAGCUGGGAAGAGGAAAAAGAAAAUGGAUAUCAUAAGCAUCAAAAUCCACUUUUCUAAAGAUGUUACGCUUUUCCUUUUUAUUUUUUUUACUUAAUUAUGAGGUUUUAUUGCUUUCUUUGCAAGAAAUCAAUUUGUGUAAUUCAAUUUUAGUGUAUAAAAUACGAAAAAUAUACCACUAAAUUGAGUGUGUGAUAAACAUAAUUUUUUUUA